ACACUAACUCACACACACGAGCGUAGUAAGACCCAGGGAGGCAAAAAUUCACACACAAGCAAAUAUUUUUUUGUUAUUAUUGAACAGUGUGGAAGAACAGCGCGAAAGGGAAAAACGAGCUUGCGGAUGUGAAAAGUAAAGCGGGUGUGUGGAAAACGGCAACAACAAAAGGCGAACGGGGGAAAGCCAAAGAAAAACUACUCGCGGGGGAGCAAAAAUCGGCUGGGAAACACGGACGAAGAAGAAGAAGAAUAGGAAUCAGAGUAGGAGAGCAAGCAGCAGCAGAAGAAGAAGAAGCAGCGCAGCCGCUAAUUGUCUCGUCGUUCGUUGUUGUUGCUGCCUUGCAAAAAAAAAAACGAAACCGAAAAAGAAAUGGCAAAAAAAUAACGCAAACAAAUUCAAUAAAACGAACUAAACAAUUAGCAAGUUAAUAAACGCAACAUAAAACCAAAGGAACGAACAGCAGUGGCAAAAGAAAAAGGCAAAAGAAGAACAAUCGAAAAGGUCAAAAAGUGUGAGCAAGGGAGAGGAGAGACUUCCCCAAAAAAAACCGAAAGAAAAAUGGAGCAAAAGUGAAAAACCUGUGAAUGUGUGUGUGUGUGAGAGAUGUUAGUAAUCAAAUUGCACAAAAUGCGAAAGAGGAGAGCAGAUCAAUAAUAAUAAUAAUAACAAAAAGGAAAGGAGCAAAUGUAACGACUUCUGUGUGUGUGUGUGCGUGCGUGAAGCAAACAACAAAAAACAGCGCAGAAACAUUUUUAACUAAAAUGUGGAAAGCAAGCAAGGAAACAACAAAAGCUAAAACAACAACGACAGCCAGGAGCAGCGCAGCCAGCAGCGACGUCGACGCCAGCGUCGCCGCAUGGAAAGCACAGAAAACCGCAUGACAAGGAAAUGGAAAAUUUUUGUGCAGCCCAAAAAACCAAAUGUGAACAUAAAGGAAAGGCCGACAGCGAGGCGUUGAGCAAACGAAAAACAAAACAAAAUACAACAAAAAUACAAGAACGUGUGUGUGUGUGCGUGUGUGUGUGUUUUCCAAUCGUAUAAUCGAAGAAUAAUAGUAAUAAUAAUACGAGUCAAGGAAGAAGCGGCAUUCGAAAGAGAACAGAAUAAACGGAGGAAGAAACAGAUGUAAUAACUAAAGCAGAAGAAGAAGCCCAUCAGCAAAUCUAUGAGAAGAAGAAGAAGGCGAAGAGGAAGCGGCAACUUGAAAAAUAUACAACAAUUAUUAAUUAUGGCAGCUUCGACAAACAAAAUUCUGUAGAAGAGGAAACAACAGACGCCCAAAGGCAAGAUUUUUAAAUAGGGAGUAGUAACAUAAAAGAAAACUUUGGCAGCCAAAACGACAAGAAACAAACAAAAAAUUGCUAACAAUAUAUUCAACAUAGCUGGAGGUUUACGCCAAACACAGGCGUCGCAUCCCCAACAGCUCAAGAGAAGAACAUACAAAUAAGGGAAAUAUACAUCAAUUAGUAUAUCGCUGCCAUGGCCAGCAGCGCGACGAACGUCGACGGCGGCAGCGGGACGUCGACGGCGCUGCCAUCGCUCUUCCCCGCCGUUGGCGCCGCUGCCGGUGUCAAAGAUAUGGACGGAUUAAUGGCCAUUAACGAUAGCGCCCUAUCGCAACAGAUCGAAUUUAUACUGCAGGAUGCUCCCAUGGAGCAGGACGACGAUCCUCACCAGCAUACGCAUGUGCAUCACCAUCAUCACUCGCAGCAUCAUCCUCACUCGCAUUCGCAUCAGCAGCAACAGCAGCAGCAUCUUCAGCAGCAACAGCAGCAGCAGCAACACCAUCAUCCGCAUCAUCAUCUGAAGCUGGACAACAGCAGCAACAACCACCCACCGACCGCAGCAGCAGCCGCAGCUGCCGUAGCAGUAGCAGCAACAACUGCAGCAACAGCAGCCGCAGCAACCAACAACAGCGCUUCCUUUAGCAGCAACAGCAGCAGUAGCAAUAGCAACAACAGCAAUCACUUGGACAACCAGCAACAGUUGCUCAUUCAGCAGCAGCAGCAACAGCAGCAACAUCAUCUGCUAAACGGACGCCGCAUCAUAAUCCAGGCCACGGGUAACUCGUCCGUUUUAGCCGCCAGCGAUAUCAAGGAGGAGGACGAGGAGGAGGAAGAUCCCGAGCUGAACGAUGAGAAUCUGCAGGAUAUCGAAGAGGAGGCUCAGGCAGCCGAGGCCGAUGAGGAGCCCGAAACCACCGCGCAUUUGUCCACGCAAGUUAAGCUGGAGCUGGAAGAGGAUGAUGAAAUGCCCGACGAGGAGGAGGAAGAGGAUGAGGACGAUGACGAGGAGCUGCAGCACGGCCAGCUGGAGUACCAAAUUAGUGCGGCAACGCAAACAGCUGGAGCAGCGACGAGUAGUGCCGCUGGUGGCGCCGCAACAGCCGGCGGAGGAUCACAGCAAUUGGUACAACUGCCCGCCGGUAGUAUUGUGAGCACAACCACCCACCGAUUGUCGGUGCCCGUGACCGAGGCGGCUCUUGUGCAGCUGCAACGACGACCUGUCUACAUAAGCAAUGCUGUUGGCGGCCUAACGGCCGGAGCAACCUAUGUGAGAAUGCCGGCGGCCGCUGUGAUCAGCCGGAGUCCCAUGACGGUGCUGAAUGUGGUGCAACAGGCGUUGCCGGCCACACAGCUGAUAUUGCAGACGCAACAGCAACAGACGCCGGCAGCGGCAGCGGCUGAGCAGCAAUUGGCCUUGGCCUUGGAGCAGCAAAGGCAGCAGCAGGAACAGCAGGCGCAGCAACAAAGGCAGCAGCAGCAGCAGCAGGAACAACAAAGGCAGCAGCAGCAACAACAGCAGCAACAGCAGCAGCAGCAGGCGCAACAAGAACAGCAGAGGCAGCAACAGCAGCAGCUACAACAGCAGCAGCAGCAACAGCAAACCCAUCCAGUGAAACAUUCAGCAUCCGGCUCUUCCUCCACCAACAACAACAGCACCACCAACUCCACCAACAGCAACAAUAACACACCAGCGGCAACGGCGACUGUGACCACCAGUUACCAGUGCGUCGAGUGUGUGGAGAAGUUCGAUUCUAAGGAACUUUUCGACAUCCAUCGCAGCGGCCAUGCCAAUAAUAUGAAGUGCGCCAUCUGCAACAUGGUGUUGAAGUCGCUGAAGAACUACGAGAAGCACUGCCUGCGCUGCAAGCCGUACGAAUGCCAGAUAUGCGGUCGCGUCGUCCGUUUCCGGCCGAACUUUAUCAAGCAUAUGCGAGUCCAUACGGGCCAGCAGUCGGAGCGGCACAAAUACAAGUGCGAGGUGUGCCACAAGGAGUUCAUGAGCUUCGAGUACUUCAAGGUGCACAAGAAGAUCCACAACGAGAAUGUGAACCUGACCUGCGAGAUCUGUGGCAAGGUGUUCAGUGCCCUGGCAUCGUUGCGCGGCCAUUCCAAGCUGCAUUCGGGUGUUAAGCUGCACAAAUGCGACGUGUGCGGCAAGGGUUUCGGACAGCGCUACAACCUGAAAAUUCAUGCCAGAACGCACACGGGUGACUUCCCAUUCGAGUGCAAGAUCUGCAAGAAGAAGCUGCACACACAGUCAUCGCUGCAGACGCACAUGCAGGUCCAUCUGCGGGAUCAGCCGGGAGCAGCUGCUGCAGCCGCCACUGCUGCCGGAGCAGCCUCCUCGAAGGCCAGCAAUAGCAGCAAUUCGAGCAACAGUAGCAAUUCCAGCAGCAGCAAUUCCAGCAGCAACGGCGUAUCGGCAGCUGUAUCGGCAGCCACAACGACUACAACAAUUGUCAAACUGGAGCCGCCGCACGAGAUUGAGAGGCCAGGCACCAGUAGCAAUCAGCAGUUGCAGCAGUCGCAACACCACCAAAUGGAACUAGACGAUCAGUCGGGACUGAGCGGGGACGAGGAGGAUGGCAGCGGCGGCGGUAUGAACUCCUCCUCGCAUAUUGUGAACGCAACCACCAAUCGCUUGACCACCGGCGAGGACUCAUCGGAGUCCUCGAAUGCCUCGCUACACCUGAACCAGCACUCCUCCACCUCAUCCUCGCCAGCCUCGCAGCACCAAGUGUCGUCGCACCAGCAGCAUGUGCAUCAGCAACAGCAGCAGCAGCAGCAGUCGCAGCAGCAAUAUCUCGUUUCGGCACCAACACGAACGAUCGUCAUUAAGAACUACAUGCAGCAGGGAUCCCAGCAGCAGCAGCAGCAGCAGCAGCAGCAGCAACAUACCUCCGAUCCAACGCCCGUGCUGCAUGCACAGGUCAUCCAGAGCGGUGCAGGCACCAGCAACGGCAGCGGCAACACCUCCUCCACCAAUAGCAGCAGCAACAGUAGUACCAACAUUGUCACCACCAACGCCGGCGGCAAUCUCAGCAAUGGCUCGCAGUUGAUACGAAAGACGCCGAUCAUUCAUCAUUCGACCGGAAGCAGCAAUGGCAGCGGCGGCUCAGCGCUGACCAGUGUGGUGCAGCAAACAGGUGUUAUUUCGCCAGCUCAAUCGCCAUCAUCAUCCUCGACCUCUUGCUCCUCAUCCACGGUGCUGGUUUCCAAAGCCACCGGUGUGCCACUAUCGAUAGCUUCCUCGGCGGCGGCUGCACUUGGAGGCUCCACUAUCAUACGCAGCACAAGGAAUCACCAACAGCAGCAGCAGCAGCAGCAACCAGCCCAACAACAGCAGCAGCAGCAGCGGGUAACGCAGCGCAACAACCACCGAAAUCACCACCGACGUCGCCAUUUGGCGGACAUGGAUGACGAUGAAGAUGACGACGAGGAUCAGCCGCAGCAGCAGACGCAUACGCAGCAAACGCAACAGCAUCACCAUCAUCACAGUCAUCAUCAUAAUCAUCACAAUCAUCAUUUCGAUGACGAUGAUGACGAUGAGAAAUCGUCACCGUCCCUGGCCACAGCGGCCAUUAUCAAAGUGGAACCAAAUCUGUAUUCCUCGGGCUCUGGCGACAACUCCAACGAUAUGUUCAUCAAGGAGGAGGUCAUGUUUGAGGAUUCGGCUGCCCUGCAUUCGCCGCAAUCGCCGCCAAGCUCGAAAUUCCGUAUCUCCAAUUUUGAUAGUGAUCUAGUUGAUCAUCAUGUUGAUCUGAAUCACUCGCUGCCGCCGUAUGGUAAUUUGUUUGAACCGCAUUCCAUACCGGAUAGCAUACCUGUGCAGCUAUAUCCGGAUGAUGACGAUGACUUUCGGCUGGAUCAUAGUUCACUAGGUGGACUGCACAACACAACGUCGUCGUCGACCACCGAUGGGGACUUCAUCAAGAAGGAAUGGGUAUACGGCACGGGCGCUAGUUCCUAUGCCAUGAACGGCAAAUUUGAUGAUGACAGCGAUGCCCUGUGCGAUGCGGCCAAUUUCAUUUACAAUUGAGUGCAGGCAGCAGCCGCUGCCGUUGUGGUGGAUCAUCAUCGUCAUGGUCAUUGUCAUUGGAAACGGAGGAGGCAUCCGCGUCAUCAGGAUGAGGAGGAGGAGGAAGUGGAGCAUCACCAGCAACAGCAGCAGCAGCAGCAGCAGGAGGAGGAGGAGGAGCGAAAUGUGCAGGAGGAACUGGAACAGGAUCAGCAACGCAAUGUCCUGCGUCGCGUCCACGAUGCAGCCAUGUGGAGCUGAGCAUUCGGUUAAUCCAGAUUCAUAGCUGUACCACGUAUAUAUAUAUAUACGUUAUCCCCGUAUUCACACAACACAAAACACAUCCAAGAGGGUGAAUCGAUUUGCGUAGGAUGCAAAAAUCCAUUUAUGAACAAUUCUAACUAAUUUCGCUGUAAAAACUUUAGGGCUAAUUGCGUUUUAGAGCUGCUCGUAAUGAUUUAUACGUGUAAAAGCCACAGGGACACUAUACUAGACAGUAUAAUGCAAAGGCAUCAGGAAAAUAUUAAAACUUUAUGGGGGCAAACGAAAUUGUAAUUAUGUAACAGGUUUUUGCAAUGCGCUUUAAAAACAUAGAUUCUUAGGAAAAUUAGUUGUGAGUGAUUUAUCAGCUGGUUUUAAAAUAUCUGGUAUUCGAAGGAAAAGAAUGUAAUUUUUUUUUUUUGUAAAUCUCCAAAUUAUAGUUCUAAGCUGACAUUUUGGACCUUCCCAAAGGAAAGAAAAAGUUUGGGUGGUUUUUUUUUUUUUUUGAUUAAGAUAAAAAAAAUUGAUAAAUUGUAUCCAAAGUUUCCAAAGCGAAAUUAUUUAGAAUUAUUCAUAGAAGACUCUUCCACAUUGUUCUAUUUAACUAUUUUGCAACGCAAACAUGUCGAGCCACCCUAAUAUUUAUACAUAUAUAUUGCUUAUAUAUACAGAACACAUACUUAUCCUAUAUGUCCACCAUAUAGACAAUUUGCUAUCUCUGUUGCGCUCGUGAUGAUCUUAUAACGUGAUCUUAAGUCUAAAUCAAUGUGUAAAAUGUAAUGUUUGUUUAUUUUUUUUUUUGUUUAACUUGCUUCCGUUCAAACCUUUUCUCCCAGUGUGUAAUUUGCCUCCGUUUCCGUUUGUUGUAGUUGUUUAUCUUGUCUCUCGCUCUCUCACUCUGUGUGUCUCUGUCUCUGUUGCUCUCGUGCCCUCUCUGUCACUGUCCCCAUCUCACUCUGAUCUGUUUAUAAGAAGUGUACAAUUUUUAGCCCCCACUUUUAGUGUAAAAAAAAAAAUGAAGAAAAUCUCAAAUGAACUUGUAACUUGAUGUGAAACACGAAUUGUUUAUUAUAAGUUUUAAUUUUUACAUAUCAUUUAUUCUUAUUGUGUACUCAAAUAUCUGUUUUAAAUUUCCGCAUGGCCCAGCAGCACAUUGUAUUUUCUAUUGCGAACCCUAAUUUUAGUUGUAUAGUUUUGCAUUUGAUCUCUCGGCUUUAGUUUUUGCAUUCAAAGCGAAAGAAAAUUCAGUUCCUGUGUAAUUGCAAAGAUAACUUGAGAAAUUGUAUUAUAAUUUAAUGGACUAGGCAAUCAAUGUGCUGCUUUCAUGCGGAAAGAUAUGCAUAUAUGUAUGAACCAUAUCUUUCUGUCACUCGAGGAUCCUACAGUAUUGGCUCCAAAAACCUAAUCAAAACAAAAAAAAAAAGAUACAAAUAAGUGAAAACCGCUUUAAUUAUGCUUUUCGUUGUUUAUUUUUUUUUUUACUUUUGAUUAACACUUUGUUUUCAAUUACCUAAACCGCAGUAUUUGUUUCAUAUAAUUCGAGAAUCCGUAUCGAUUUUUUGCAUAGUUAGUUUAAGUAAGGUAUUGAUUUUUUUUUAAAAGUUCUUAUGUGCAAUCUCCCCCCAUCACUGAAACUGAACUUUGACCUCUUUCUCACCUUCGCUCGAACACCUUGUGGUUUCCUUAAUUAGUUGCUAAGUAUCCACGAUAAACACACGAAUACAUUAAACACCCACACGAUACUUGAUUAUGAUUUGCAUUACUAUAUACUAUAGAUAAUCUGUAGCUAAGUGUAAGCCUAAUUUCAGUGUAGUCUUUAAGCUGAAAGAGCAUGCUUUAGCUUUAGCUUUACCCUAACAUACGAAACUGCAUAAGCAUACGAAUAUAUAAUAUAUUAUAUAUAGCCGCUGUACAAUUACUUGAUCUUUAGCAUUAACACUUGAAAUCUUUUAAUUUGCAUUUACAUCAACAAUUGUUUGUGUAUAUUCUUUUCGUUGGUUUUUUUUGUCGAAAAUUAAAAAAUAUAUAUAUAUAUAGCCAUCAAAUAUAUAUAUAUAUAUAUAGAUAUAGAUAUAGAUGAUAUAUAUCUGGAUGGGGAAUCGGAUACAAUAAAGAAGGAGAAAAAGAAUCCACAUAACAAAAACUUCUAUCAAAGCAUUUAAUGUUAACAACAUAAUUGAAUAAAAUCUAUAUAAAUUAAUUAAUUAAAUUAUAAAUGUAUAACAAACAAGUUAGCCAACAAUUGUAAAACGUAGCUGAAAAAGUACACCUGUUUUUUUUUUCUGUGUAUAGCAUGGAAGGAAAAGCAUAUUUAAUCGAUUUUUCGUUUAUUGAGAAAGUUUUCUUUUGCUUUUUUGUGCUUAAUAAUAAUAACUGUUGUUGCUUGCCAAUUUUGUUUGUUACUAAAAAUAUAAUAAUUAUAUAACAAGAGCCGUUAAUCAUAAAAAAAAAACACAAACACUCACACAUAGGCACGUGGUAAAGCUCAAAGGAAAAACGCGCAAAGAAAAAUGUUUUUGUUUUCAAAAAAAAAAAAAAUAUAAAAAUAUGAAGUUAAUUACGGAUUUGUCUUCCGCACGAGUUAGAAGUUCGAUUUGAACGAUGUACAAAUUUCCAGUUUAGUGAAUCGAUAACCAGUUGAAAAUGUCGAUAAAUAGUCGAUGAAUUCGAUAACCAGUUGAUGAUACCAUUGGUCCGCCCCAUUUCCACGCGCUUUUCGCGGAAACACUGAAUUUUAGCAAGCAAUUGAAUGAAGUUGAUAUCUCGAUUCGAACGGUUGAAAGAUUUCCAAUUGAGUAAAUCGAUAUGCCCCUCCUACCCUUCUCCCAUUUUAUUCGGAAUAGCCCCGAAUUUUGGGAAGCAAUAAAAACGAGACAAACAGGUGGGAAAUCCUCGCGGAAUGCCUCUCGGAAAACUCAUCGUUCACUGCCCCACACGCCUUUUCUCACCACCCCCUUUUCCAUACACUGAGAGCAAUCAAGUGAAAAUCAAGAAAACGUUAUUCCAACUAAUUUUCAGUUAAACCGAAAGAAAUCAAGAAUAGAUGCGAAUUUUUGUACAUUUGCAGAGAGAAAAAAAAUAAGUAUUGUAAUAUUUAAUGAAUCCAAAACCAAACUCCAAAAUAUACUAUUUUAUAUACCAAACAACAAAUGGAUAAAAAAAAAUAAAAACGAACGAUGAUUAACAAAAACCCAACAACUUUGCACCACAACAACAACAACCAACUAAAUUUUUAAAAAUUUAAUCUCAACGACUGCGCACACAACAACAAACAAAUUUUUUGUAUUAUAUUAAAAAAAAAAAAUGGAGAAAAAAUUUAAAAAAAAACGUAACUUUAAAUAAGAUCGAAGAGGAAACGGGUGAAGCGAAAGAUAGAAAGCAAAGUGAAAUAUUUUUUUAAGUGUAAACCAGGCCAGUCAAAGGCUUGGGCGCCAAAUUUUCUGCAAUAAAAAAUCUUUAAUAUAAUAAUAUUGUAAACUUUAUAGUGUACACACACGAAAACACCGUAAAUUAGGAUGGAAAAUGGAUGUAUAACUGUGAAGCCAAGAAAAGUCCAAUUAAGAACACAUUCACACAAUUUAAAUGUGGUUUAGUUGUCGUUUUACUAUAUAUUUUUUUUUAUUAACAUAAAAGUACCUAAAAAGCAAAUAAUUGAGAAGAGAAAAUCAAUAACUAAUUUCUAUGUGUCUCCCUUGUGUGUAACUUUGCAAAAUCUUAAUUCUUGAAAGCAAAAGAGCAAAAAAAAAAAUAAUAAGUAAAUAACAACACAUAAUCAUAUUAACACCAGAAAAUGGAAACAAAUUAAAAUUAUAUUUAAAGAAAUCGUAACUAAGCAAGAUUAUAAUUAUUUUUAAAUGGAAAUCAAUUUGUUAUGCACAAAAUAUAUAUAUGCAGAAAAGCCAACUUUUUAAGUUACGAAUUUGUUAAAGGAUCUAAGGAGUAGAAGAAAACCCGACUUUUUAAAGCAUUUUCGAGAAAUAUUGAGGGAAAACCGAACAAUUUCAAUCUGAACAACAACAUAAAGCCCACGAAAGUAUAUAUAUUAUAUAUAAAUAAAGGUAAAUAAAUAUAUUUAAAUAAAUUAUCUAUAAACAGAAACGGUAAAGUAAAUUAAACAAAUCGUAUUUAUACACUAUGAAUGUCUAGUCGUAUUUUCAGUAUUAUGUAAACCGCCCCUCCCCCUCUCCCUCCCACAACCCACAAAAGAAAAAAAAAACAGCGUAAAAAUAUGAAAACCCUAAAAAAAAAGAACUAGAAAGCUAAGCUAAAUGAAUGUGAAGUGAAAAAAAAAACAAAUUUUUGGAGAUGCAAACUAAAAGCAAAAAUAAAAGUAUAAAUCAGAAAUUAUGUGUGUAGCGUGUACAAUAAAACAGAAUUAACAAAAUAUGGUAAACAAUUUUUAGAAGCAUUUUUAACACAUAUGGGAAACCAAACUUAACGUUUACAUAACGACGAUGAAGUGCAAGCGCAAAAUUAAACGAAAUGUGUCUGUUUUUAGUGUUAGACUCGAUGUAAGCGAAAUCACAAUAAAAUGGAACAUAACAGAAUAUAUAUAUAUACACACACACAUAUAUACAUAUACAUAUGUACUAUAUAUAUGUAUAUAGUACAUAAAGAUCAUUACGAAUUACUAAAUCAAUGUGUGUAAACGAACGGAUGAGAGAUUUUAAGAGGGAAAGUGUGUUUGAAGUCCGUUCAUCAUCAUUAUGUUCACGUUCUGUUUUCGAUGCACUGACAAAAAUUCCCUGGCCAAUUGGAAUUAAUUAUAGGUUUGGAUAGAACCAUUUAAAAAAAAUAUAUUUGGCUCAUGGUCUUUAAGUCAGCGCAUUGUGUCGCGUUUAGUGGUAAACGCGAGUUGUAUGUAUUUCAAGAUAUCUAUAUAUUUUUUUAUUACUCUUAGUUCUUGUGUAUACAAAAUGCAAAUGAAAUGCAACAAAAAAAAAAAAAAAAACAAAUAAUGAAAAAUGAAUCAACAAGUAUGCUUAAAUGAUUUAAUCUUAGUGCAUAAUUUAUAAUUAACCAUUAUAAUUUCUCAUUUAUUUAGUACACAUUUAAUGGAUCUUUAUUUCAUAAUUUAACACCGAGAAAAACGAAAAUAUAUAUAUUUUGUCAGAGUACAAUUUGUCGUUUGUUUUUGAUUUAAUCGUUUAUUUCACUUUUAUUCCCAGACGGGGUGGUUCAUAUCAGAUAUGAAGUAUACAUCAAUUUGUAUAAAUAUCUAUUCUGCGCAUAUAAAUGUAAAGUGAGAAAGUUGUGAGUGGGUAAGCAGAUUCAAAAUUACAAAUUGGCGCAAUUUGCUCAACAUAUUAAAAAGCGAUACAUUAUACAAAAACAUAAACAUAAAUCAUAAUUCAAAAGCAGUUAGUUUCCCUGUUUUACGUUUUCUUGAAUUAAUAGUGGAAAUUUUAAAGAAUUUAGUUUAACUAAAAACCAAUCGAAGUAGCCGAAACAAAGCCAUUUAAAAAACUAUUCCAAGAAAAUUAAAUAUGGAACAAACAAAAACACACAUAUAUUCAAAUUCAUGAUAAUAACAGAGAAUAAAUAAAUAUAAAAAAAAACCGAAAAAGAAAUGCAUAAAACCGAAGAGAAACCAAAAACAAUCUAGAUUUUAUUGUAAUUCCGUGUCUGUGUGUGUAUUUCAGUAAUUAAUGUAAAAAAAUAUAAAAAUUAAAACAAACAAAAAAAAAACAACACAAAAAUCUAACAAUAAAAUCGACAAGAGCAACUUGAAAAAAUGGACAAAAAUCCGAGCAAAAAAAUUGUAAAAAAAAAACAAAAUGCAAACCUCUGAAAAAAAAAAACACUGAACAUAAAAAAUGAAGGACAAAACAUAAAGAAACUAGCGAAAUAAAUAAAAUACAAAAUAUUUG